AUGCAUGGGAAAGCGACUUCCGUGGCUGUCCAAGCCGUUGAUCUUGCGCGUCAACUGUCAUGGGUGAUUCCUGUGGCCGGUGUUUUCAUCUGCAUCUUUUCGUUCAUCAUCUACCAGCGAUGGUUCUCACCACUGGCGAAGAUCAAUGGACCAUUCUGGGCGUCCUUAAGCCCUCUCUGGAAGUUGCUGUCGUUCAAUAAUGGCAACUUUCAUGAAACAAUUCUGGCCCUCCAUCAAAAAUAUGGACCGAUCGUCCGUAUCGCCCCGAACGAGGUGAUCAUAUCUGACAGGUCGGCAAUUCGGGAGAUUUACAAUACCGUUCAGGGAAGAGAUUUUCUAAAGAUAAUUCGAAGUGCUUUUACCGCCUUCCGACCGACCAUAUUCGGCCAAAGAGACCCGUAUUUGCAUGCUCAGCGCAAAAGGAUCGUGUCUCACGGGUACUCUAUGAACGCACUUCAGUCUAUGGAGAAAUUUGUCCAGGAGCGCCUUCAAAUCUUCAUGAGCAAGAUGUCAGGAUUCGCAGCCUCAGGAGCGGAAAUUAACCUUGGGAAAUGGUGUCAUUUCUUUGCCUUCGAUGUUAUUGGAGAAUUGGCUUUCAGUGAGGGAUUUGGGAUGCUCGAGACAGGAGUGGAGGACGAGCAUAUUCGCCUCAUCAACAAUCAGAUGGAGUUUGGAUCUACGAUUGGAAUGAUGCCAUCCCUGAUCCCGUAUACCAAGUGGCCCUGGCUUCCGAUCCCGUGGCUCCAGAGUCUGCAAGCGGGGCGUGAAAGGCUGAAAGAGCUUACGAGGUCUCGUGUCGAGCGAAGGCAAGAGAAAGUCAGCGACCGGAAGGAUCUGCUCGGGAGACUCAUCGAGGCCAAGGAUCCAGUCACUGGCCAGAUGUUGGACUCUAUUGAUUUGAGGACAGAGGCUUUCUCGAGCAUUGUCGCAGGCAGCGACUCCACGUCGUCAGCCCUAAGCUAUACGUUCUAUCAUAUCCUAGGCCAUCCUGCGGUCUACGAAGCUCUGACCGAGGAAUUGCGGGCCGCGUUUCCUGAGCGCAAUUACCUGACGGACGAGACUCCUCCGACAUAUGCCGAUUUCGGCAAACUCCCCUACUUGCAAGCAGUGAUCAAAGAGAGCCUUCGCCUGACACCUCCUGCCACGAUCAACCUUCCGCGGUACGUGCCAGAGGGCGGUCGCGUCGUUGCCGGGACAUUUUUCCCCGCCAAGACGAUCGUCGGCAUGUCCGCCCUGCCGGUCCAUCUGGACCCGGAAACCUUUGGCCCAGACGCCCACAUGUUCAACCCCGACCGUUGGAUCGACGGGUCAGGCGGGAUCAGCCCCGAGGAGAUGCAGCGGUACUGGAUGCCCUUCGGCCACGGGUCGAGGCAGUGCAUCGGCAAGAACGUUGCCAUGAUGGAGCUGGUAAAACUGGUCGGAACAUUACUACUAUAUUUCGAUGUAGAACUGGUCAACACCACCAGCAGCAGCUUUGGUGGGAACGAAAAGAAAGUGCCUCUGCCCGAGAUCCCCAUCUCAAGGAGUUACUUCUUCGCCAGGAUUCGGGAUCCGCUGAUGGUCAGGAUUCGCGACAGAGGCACCUAA